CACAAAACAAAAAUAUCACUACUUACACAAUUUCAAAAAAAUGAAGAAUCUAUUGCUAAUAUUAUUACUUGCCACCUUCACCAAUUCUUGGCUUUGUGAAGCAUCUUCCCUACCUGAACCAGUGCUAGACCUAAAUGGCAAAAUCCUCCGAACACACACUAUGUAUUACAUAGUGCCGAUAAAUCGCGUAAAUGGCGGCCUCGCUGUAGAAACCAUUGGCAAUGAGACAUGUCAACUUGGCGUAGUAAAAGAAAAAUACGACAAAAAUGGUGAUUUUUUAGAAUUUAUCCCGUUGGGCAAAAAGAAAGGUGUAAUACGUGUAUUGACUGAUUUAAAUGUUGCGAUUUUCAGCAAUUACGAAUGUCGUCAAUCGACGGUGUGGCAACUUGAGAAGUAUGAUCCAUCGACAAGGAAGUAUUUUGUUAACGUUGGUGGAGUUGAUGGAAAUCCUGGUCCUCAAACAAUAAGGAAUUGGUUCAAAAUUGACAAGUAUGGGCAUGGUUACAAAUUUGUUUAUUGCCCUUCAGUCUGCACUUACUGCAAAGUCAUUUGCAAAGAUGUUGGAGUUUAUAUGCUCAACGGACAGAAUCGUUUAGCACUCAACGAUGUUCCUUUCGUCUUCAACUUCAAAAGGGAAUUCAAUCCUUGAAAUAAAAUAGGCAGUCCAGUACAUUAAGCUCAUGUUAUAUACAGGGUCGAGAGAAGAAUCGAAUCACAAGUAUCUAUAUAUUGUAAUUGAACAAAUUACUUAAAUAAGUUAAAUCUAAAAAAAUAAUAGUAAUGAUGAAGAAAAUAACUUGUCCUUAAUAUAUUCAAAUAAUGUGAUGUACCCUUUGCUAAUAAACUUGUAUGUUUUGUGUUUUGCAAAAGUUCCAUGUCAGAUUUUCGGUUGCGG